AUGGAAACGCGGGAAUCCCACGUGACGGUAUCACAUAAGCAUCACGUGCCAGCCCUAUCAAACGCCGACGCCGACGCCGACGCCGACGCCGAAGACCGGAGAUCACGCCAUGUGGCCACGCGCAUCCAGCAUCCAGCAGCGAGUCUCGCGAGAAUCUCUUUGCACCACACCUCACAAAUGCAGCGCAGCUUGCGGUUAGCGGGGGCGGCGCGCUCGUUCGCGACGGCGGCAGCGGCGCCUGUCAGCUCGGCGACGGCGAGCCACAAGGUGGUGGUGGUUGGCGGGGGAGCAGCCGGGCUGGCGAUCAGCCACCAGCUGCUGGGGACGGGCAAGUUCAAGCCGGAGGAGAUCGCGGUGGUGGACCCGGCGAUGUGGCAUAACUACCAGCCUGGGUGGACGCUGGUAGGCGGUGGUCUGAAGACCAAGGAGGAAGGGCGGCGGCGACUGAGCAGCCUGGUGGACAAGAAGCUGAAGCUGUACACGUCCGGGGUGGCGACGUUUGCGCCCGAGGAGAACAGCAUCACGCUGGCGAACGGCGACCGUGUGGGCUACGAGCAGCUGGUUGUUGCUCCGGGCAUCCAGGUCGACAACACCAGCAUCAAGGGUCUCCCUGAGGCGCUGGCGAACCCGGACGCGCCCGUCUCGUCGAUCUACAGCUACGACAGCGUCGACAAGGUGUACCCGAGCAUCAAGAAGCUGACCAAGGGUCGCGCCAUCUUCACGCAGCCGGCAGGCGUGAUCAAGUGCGCCGGUGCGCCGCAGAAGAUCAUGUGGCUGGCACUCGACCACUGGAAGGAAGCCGGGCUAUACAAAGCAGGGGGAGAGGCAUCGCAGUCGGCGAUCCAGAUCAGCUUCGCGACGGGGCUGCCCACCAUGUUCGGCGUGCCCAAGUACAGCGCGACGCUGGAGAAGCUGCGCCAGGAGCGCGGCGUGGAGGGACUGUUCCAGCACGACCUGGUGGCGGUCGAGGGCAACACGGCGGUGUUUACACGGGUGGGCAGCGAGCCCGGCAGCGAGCCGGUGCGACGUGAGUUCGAUCUGCUGCACGUCGUGCCCAAGAUGGGCCCGCACGCCUUCGUCAAGAACAGCCCGCUCGCCGACGGAGCGGGCUACGUGGCCGUCGACAACGCGACGACCCAGCACGUCAAAUACGCCAACGUGUGGUCUGCGGGCGACGCGUCCAGCCUGCCGACCUCCAAGACUGCCGCGGCUGUGACGGCCGAGUCGCCCGUGCUGGUGCACAACCUGCUGCUCGCCAUGCAGGGCAAGGCCCCCGAGGCCGUGUACGACGGAUACACGUCCUGCCCGCUGCUGACGGAGUACGGCAAGGUCCUGCUCGCCGAGUUCAAGUACGCGGGCGUGCCCAAGGAGACGUUCAACAAGUGGUUCGGCAUCGACCAGGCGAUCCCGCGCCGCGCGUUCUACCAUCUCAAGAAGGACUUCUUCCCGUGGGUCUACUACGAGUCCAUGGUCAAGGGGACCUGGGGAGGGCCCAAGGGGUGGUUGUAG